AUGGGGAGCAUAUACGACCGCCGCUGCCGCCAGCAUCAGCAGCAGCAGCUCCUCCACUACAAAACCAUCUUCCUCCCACUCUUCUGCCGCCUGUCCCUCAAAGACAUAGCCCUCCCCCGCCGCCGCCGCGAUGAUCCAUCCCCCUCCUCCCCCAGAGUCGGCUGCAUGGGCCAACUCAAGAGAAACAACCGCCGCGAUCCAUCUCCCACCACCCGCACCUACUCCAAGCUCAGGAAACUCUUCUCCGGCAAAACCCUCCUCCCCACCACCACCGCCGCCGCAGCCGGAGGCGAGAUUAAUUGCGCGAGUAGGAAAGAAUUGGUAGUGAGAUCGAGGGUGGUGGACGUGGGGGAGCUUGAUCCGCCGCUGCCGGUGGUGAAGAAGGCGGCGGAGGGGAAUGCAAAUCUGUGGAAGAGGAGAUUUAACGGGGCGCCGAUUGAGACAUUGCAGAUCCGAGGUGAUAAUCAUAUUGUUAGCUCUAAUUAA